UAGGAAAUCUCUCUUUUUCUAGUUUAUUUAUAUUCAUCAUAGCUAGUAACUUUUAAUAAUGCCUUAUACCGCUAUUAACCUCGACGAAGAAGAAAAAUUCUUCCAAGAUCAAGUCCAAGACCUUAAACAAUGGUGGUCUCAACCCCGUUGGAGAAAGACCAAGAGAGUUUAUGCUCCAGAAGAUAUAGCUAAGAAGAGAGGUACUUUAAAGAUUGAAUACCCUUCAUCUAACCAAGCUAAAAAGUUAUUCAAAUUAUUAGAAGAACAUGAUGCAAAAAAGACUGUUUCUUUUACUUUUGGUGCUUUAGAUCCAAUUCAUGUUUCUCAAAUGGCUAAAUAUUUAGAUAGUAUUUAUGUUUCAGGAUGGCAAUGUUCUUCUACUGCUUCUACUUCAAAUGAACCAUCUCCAGAUUUAGCUGAUUAUCCUAUGGAUACCGUUCCAAACAAGGUUGAACAUUUAUGGUUUGCUCAAUUAUUCCAUGAUAGAAAACAAAGAGAAGAAAGAUUAGGUUUAUCAAAAGCUGAAAGAGCUAAAUUACCUUAUACUGACUUUUUGAGACCAAUUAUUGCUGAUGCUGAUACUGGUCAUGGUGGUAUUACUGCUAUUAUUAAAUUAACUAAAUUAUUUGUUGAAAGAGGUGCUGCUGGUAUUCAUAUUGAAGAUCAAGCUCCAGGUACCAAGAAAUGUGGUCAUAUGGCUGGUAAAGUUUUAGUUCCUGUUCAAGAACAUAUUAAUAGAUUAGUUGCUAUUAGAGCUUCUGCUGAUAUUUUAGGUUCUGAUUUAUUAUGUGUCGCUAGAACUGAUUCUGAAGCUGCUACUUUAAUUACUUCAACCAUAGAUCAUAGAGAUCAUUACUUUAUUGUUGGUUCUACCAACCCAAAUACUCCAGAUUUAGCCACUCUUAUGCAUGAAGCUGAACAAGAAGGUCUUACUGGUGCUAAAUUAGCUGCUGUUGAAGCUGAAUGGACUAAAAAAGCUGGCUUAAAAUUAUUCCAUGAAGCUGUUAUUGACACUAUUAAUGCUGGUAACUAUCCAAACAAAGCUCAAUUAAUUAAGAAAUUUACCGAUAAAGUUAACCCAUUAUCAUUAGCUUCUAAUAAAGAAGCUAGAAAAUUAGCUAAAGAAUUAACUGGUAAAGAUGUUUACUUCAAUUGGGAUGUUUCAAGAGCCAGAGAAGGUUACUACAGAUACAGAGGUGGAACUCAAUGUGCUGUUAUGAGAGGUAGAGCUUUUGCUCCAUACUCUGAUUUAAUUUGGAUGGAAUCUGCUUUACCAGAUUACGCUCAAGCUAAAGAAUUUGCUGAUGGGGUUAAAUCUCUUUAUCCAGAUCAAUGGUUAGCUUAUAACUUAUCUCCAUCAUUCAAUUGGAAUAAAGCCAUGCCAGCUGAUGAACAAGAAACUUAUAUAAAGAGAUUAGGUAAAUUAGGUUACGUCUGGCAAUUCAUUACUUUAGCUGGUUUACAUACCACUGCUUUAGCUGUUGAUGAUUUCUCCAACAAAUACUCUCAAAUUGGUAUGAGAGCUUAUGGUCAAACUGUUCAACAACCAGAAAUUGAAAAAGGUGUUGAAGUUGUUAAGCAUCAAAAAUGGUCUGGUGCUGAAUAUAUUGAUGGAUUAUUAAGAAUGGUUACUGCUGGUGUUACUUCCACUGCUGCUAUGGGUGCUGGUGUUACUGAAGAUCAAUUCCAUGACCACGGUAAACUCUAGUCUAUCUAUUUUUAUUUAUUAUAUAUAUAUAAAUCUAAGUUUUAUUUUUGCUAUGAAAA